GAGAAAGUGAGCAAGACGGCCAAAAUCAUUUUCGAGGCGCCAACGUUAUUGAUAUCUCCUGACUUCACAUGGUAGAUCAGCCUGGAUCUUGAAACACGUGGUUUGCACAAAAUCCAAUUGUUAUUACCUAAUCAUGGAGGACAUCCCCAAAGACGACUUCAAAUGGUUUGGUGAAGGAUUUGACGGAUUUCCAAAGAAAUUGCCAGAGGAUGUGGUCGAAUACAUGAUCUAUAUCAUCGAUACCAGGCUAUCAGAUGUACAAACAAGAGAACGCUUGCAGUCCUUUCAGCGCUCACUGAAUUCAUUAGAGAAGAAAUUUCUGAAAGAGUACAUCUGGCAGCGGGAGCCAAUCAAGCUCGAGCUCGUUCGUGAAGAGGGCCGAUGGUUGUUGAAGGGAUCUACCAAUUACGGGGAUAGUGUGGCAGAUGAGUGGUUGAUAGUAUGGUUGUUACGCGAAUUGAGUAAGGAAUUUAAGGAUGCAUGGAUACGCAUAUACGAUACCGACGGAGAGUUCCUGCUCAUCGAGGCUGCGAAUGCAUUACCGACCUGGCUCAAUCCAGAAGUUUCCGAGAAUCGAGUUUGGAUAAACAACCAUCGGAUGCUAAUUAUACCACUUUCGAAGGUGCAAAACCCGGGCCCCUUGAAACUAAAAGAUUCGCUAUCGAUCAUCACGGAGACACCUGCAAAACCGCAACACUUUCCAAAGGUGGAGAAAGAAGCAUUCCAUCGUCUCAAAGACUACCCGGCAAGCAUUUCUGAGAAUCAACAUCAUGCGACUCUACCGUUACCAAGAAAGGUCGCACACAUACUGCACAUCAACCCUUCCUACAUUGCGCCAAUAGUGGAAGCUUUCUAUCUUCGAGAUCCCAUAGCCCUUCGCCUACUGCAACCGGACAAAUCCAAAACCUCCCUUAUAUUCUCACCGGAAGACUUUGUCACAGUGAGCGCUCGUUUCACGAAAGUUCUGUACGCGCAAUUACUCGGGCAAACAUGGGGCCCCCCAAAACCAUGGGAUGCCGCAUUGGAUGCCCUGGUCAACAAGAAUGGAGAUGCAUUUCGCGACAAGGCUGAAUUGGGUAUCAAAGUUGCCGCAGGACUGGAAAUGCUGAUCCAGCACAGCAUAUACGCUGAUAAGAAACCCGUUCGCGAAAUUAAGCUUCUGCUUGAGGAUUUGGAAACUGGGGACGACAGCCUCCCGAGUGACAAAGAUAUUGCACAAUGGCCAGUACGUAAUGAUGAUGAGGGCUGGCUUGAUAUCGAUUUUGCAGAGUUCGAGCGCGAACUUGCUGGACGGGGAGGUGCGCCAGGAACUGGUGGUUUCGGUGACAAGCAUGCCCAAGACAACCUCCGGAAAAUGGUCGAGCGGUUUAAUGACUUCAUGAACGAUGAAGAUGCGGGAGUGGAUGGUGCAGGUGGACUAGACCCAAUGGACGUCGAUAACGAUUCCGACGAACCGCGAGGGUGGGACGAUCCAGAAGACAGUGAUUCGCCCAGCGAGGAAAAGGGAAACAAAAACGAUAGUGAUGACGAUGAUGACGAAGAAGAGGAUGACUAUGCUGAAAAAGAGUUUAAAGAAUACGAAGAAGCUCUAGAGAAGUUCAUGGCUCUUUCUUCGGCGGAGAAGUCCGCACUGACAGACGAUGCACGCGAACUUGCCCGUGCUGAAGAAGCCGAGCAAGAAGAAGACGAGGAAAUCCGCAAACUAUCAGAGAUGAUGGAGGCAGAAUUAUUCAGUCACGGAGCAUUAAAACUUGAUGAUGGAAUCGCGAAAGCAGACAAGUCUGCAAAGAAAAUACUCAGCGUCUCGGACCAGAAGGGUAAAGGCAAAGCAAAAGUUGAGAGCGUUCCGGAAGGCCAUGAAGACGAAGAAGACGAGGAUGGGGAAUACCUGGAUGAAGAUUACAAUCUUGCCGAUAAUAUGCUGAAAGCAUUCAAAGGACAGGCCGGUAUGGCAGGCCCGGCUGGCAACCUGAUGGGCAUGAUGGGUAUACAAUUUCCUCCUGAUUUGGAUGACCAAACAAAGGCGAACAAUUCAGGAAGGGCUUAGGACCAACGAGGUAGCACCUCUUCUUCGUUCACUGGCUUGAAAUAGAAUCCUCGAUCUAGCUUAUUAUGUGGUGAUAGAAUAAUUGGCCGAUGAUUAGCUCACUUCAAAUCUAAU